AAGAAGUGAGAAACGCAGCAAAGCAAAAGGAAUAAAACAAAGAGGAAAAAUAGUACUGAUAAAAGGAAAACUGCUGCUUCACUGGUGAUCACAGCUCUUUUAAAAAAAAUAACAACAAAGGAAAGUAUUGAAGACCAAAGAGGAACAUUUUAACCAUGAUGCUGAAGCUGUUGUUUCUGCUCUGCUUCCUGGAAACCUCAGCUCAAAAAAAUACAACAGAACAGAACAUGGUCACACAAGGAUCUGAUUAUGUCUCGACAACAACAGCAACAAUGGAGGCGACCAGCUCCAAUAUGACAACAGAUGAAGCUACCAAUACAUCAGUGUCAACUCUACUGACAUCCACAACCUUGGCAGACAAGUCACUGGAAUUAGAAUCAACACCAUCAGUAACUGUGGAAGAAGGAGACAACAAAGACUCAGCCGUUACUACGCCUUCAACUACAGCAGCGGCUGCCCCUGCAGGUAGUCCAACUUGGGCUUAUGUGCUCCUGGUGUUGAUAAUCAUUGUGAUCAUAGUGCUGUGUAUUAUCCUUUAUAUGCUCAGGAGGGCAUCCAGGAUGUAUUCCUUUGAUCUCCAGCGUCCGGUACACUCUGGCAAUGUGUACGAGCCCUCUGGCACCUUUGGACAGGUCUACUUGGAUGACCUUGACCGACCUUCCCAUAAAGAUGUGAUCUCUGAUGAUCUCUCCACCACACCCAUACCCAACGGCACCAGUUCCCAACUGGAGGAGAAGGCAGCCGAUGAGGAGAAUGCUCCUCAGGAACAGCCAGAAGCAAACGACCUGCAGAACCCGUCCACCAGCAGCACCAGUUCACUGUCAGUAGACGACCUAGCGGAGAAGAAAUCCAAUCAGAUGAGCAGCAACAACCUGUUCUUUGAUGCAGUCGAGGAGCCGCAGACGGAAAGGAAUGAAAACAACAACAAUCCAUCAGUUUGCUCCACCAUUCCAUUUGUUGAAAUAAACCUGGAUGAGCCGGCGUGGUCCGAACAGCUCCUGUCUUCUGCUCAGCCAUCCUCCUCGGUCCUCCCCUUCUCCUCCUUCUCCUUCUCCUCCUCUUCAUCCAGUUCAUCAUAGCACCAGAGCAUCAACAUGGAAGCAGAGACUGAAUAUCAUUACCACCAAACCGAGCAGAAGAUCUCCAAAGGUUUAUUUUUAUGUGUGUAAAAAGGCUCCCUGCUAAAUUGAAAUCUCAACGAGAUCAACUCAAAUUCUGCUUAAACAGUUUUGAUA